GUUAUUAUUACCGGUGCCAACCGCGGUAUUGGCCGAGGCUUCGCCAAGGUGCAUCUCGCAAGGCCAUCUACCACCGUCAUCGCCGCUGUUCGAGACGCAACACAUGCCACUUCGAAAGCUUUGCAAAAUUUGCCCAAGGCAGAUAGCUCUAGGCUGAUCACCAUUCAACUUGACUCGUCCAUGCCAGAAAGUACGGCGGCAGUCAUUGAAAAGCUCAAGACAGAUCACGGCAUAACCUCCCUCGACAUCGUCAUCGCCAAUGCUGGGAUCUCUCUCAACGCCAGUCGUGUUCGCGAGUCUACCGUCGAAAACAUCAACCAGCAUCUGCUAGUUAAUGCGGUUGCCCCAGUUGCCCUCUUCCAGGCCGCUGCAGAUCUUCUUCAGGCUAGUAAGACGGGAAACCCUACCUUCAUUGCGAUAUCAACACUGGGUGGUUCCAUCGCAUCGAUCGAUGGAGUUGCCCACCUACCGCUUAGCCCAUACGGUGGCAGCAAGGCGGCGCUGAACUGGUUCAUUCGUCGUCUUCAUUUUGAAGAACCGUGGCUUACUAGCUUCCUCCUUCAUCCUGGUCUCAUUGAGACUGAUCUC